UUUUUUUUUUUCCAAAGGGUGUUCUGUUUUUAUUAUUAGUUAUUUUGCUUGUUUAUUUUUUGUUCUCUUUUAUGUUUUGUAUUGAUUUAAAUUCAGUUAUUUAUUUAAAUUCAUGCCUGAUAAUAUAAACAAACGCAAGGCACCAGGCGGAUCCCAGCCCAGCACGCCGCUGGCUCGGACCAACAAGCGCAAGGCACCAAAGUCAAUCUCGACGCCGGCAAUAGGCACGAAGAAGCAAGUAACCAGCAUUAAAGUAAUCAGUAUCAAGCCACCGCAAGUGCCGCGUCUGGAUGACGAGAAGAAUAAUCCAGGUGGGCCGCGGAUUCUACGACUCGACGACUACGUCGUGUCGUUCACAAACUCAAUGGUUGACGACAAGUAUGAAGGAGAGAGCAACAGUGCGGCGAAGCUGGGGGGAUUCCAGUCGGCACGCAGCAUGAUCAAGACUGAGGGCAAGGCAGAGCCGAAGAAAAUAAAGAAGCAGAAUAAGAAGGAGGAGGGGGCGUUUGCAGUGCGGCUGGACGAGGCGCAGGAGCAGAUCACAAAAAUGGACAUCAACAAGCCGCUGCUGAUCGUAGCCGGCGCCGGAUCGGGCAAGACGACGACCCUGUGCGCGCGCGUAAUUGAGAUGAUGCGGCAGGGCGUAGCAGCGCAGCAGAUUCUGGUGAUCACAUUCACGAACAAGGCAGCGGACGAGCUAAAGGAGCGCAUAGCGCGGUACAUGGCGGCGCAUGGGAUGGACACGACAGACCGGGCCAUGGUUCCGUUUGCAUCAACGUUCCACUCGUGGUGCUACGGGCUGGUGAUGCGCAACCACCUGGUGCUCGGAUGGCGCAAGUGCCCGAUGGUCGUGGCAGCCGAGUCCGAGCACUUGGCCAUCCUGCACAUUGCGCUGCGGCAGAUCAACAGCGUCCGCCGGCUGCGCCAGUGCGAGGACAUUCUGGGCAUUGCCGUGCAGGAGAGCGACGCUGAGCGGAGGCUGCUGUGGGCUGACGGCGCCGACGAGCGCUGGAGGAGAGUGGUUGAGCUGACCACGGCCAGGACUGGGUUCAGCGUCGCCGCCAUGGUCGACCAGGAGGACGCCAAGCCCAGGGGCCGCAAGUUUGGUGCGAAGGCACAGCAGCAGGCGCAGCAGCGCGUGGCGACGGACGCAGUGUACGCGCACCUGUACGCGCACUCAGGCAAGGCGCGCGGCCUGCCGGACAUCGACAGCGAGGUCAGCGAUGUGAAAUAUGGGGCGGUGUUCGCAGGCAAGGACCUGCCCAAGGCCAUGAUGCAGUUCGUCUACCGCGCAAAGGCGUGCGGCGACACGCCGGACAUGUUUCCGGACGUGGAGGCGUCGGUGCUGGCGGCAUACAACGGCACACUGCGCAAGUUCGAUCUGGUCGACUUUGACGAUCUGCUUGCCAGCGCCAACGCGGUGCUGGAGAGCGACGACGUCCUGCGCAGUGUUCGGCAGCAGUUCCCAUACCUGCUGGUCGACGAGUUCCAGGAUCUCAACCGGCUGCAGAUGCGGCUGGUGUUGCGGCUGCAGAGCGGCGUUGGCCGCGUCACGGCUGUGGGUGACGAGCGGCAGAGCAUCUUUGCGUUCCGCGGCGCGUCGUGCGAGCACAACUUUGCCGAGUUUCUGGCGGCCUUUGUUGAUGCUAACGUCGGCAAGACGGCGGCAGCGCAGGAUGAGGGCGCUGGUGCGAUGGCCAGUCUGACGCGCAACUACCGGUCGCACCAGAGCAUCGUCGACCUGGGCAACAUUGUCGCGCGCGAUACCGGCCGCGGGUCGCCGCUGCUGGCGCGGCUGCGCGUGCCGCUGACAGCGCAGCCCUCAGCGCUCGUCGUGCCGGUCAACGUGUGGGCCAACGCUGACGCGCACCUCGAGGCCGACCGCAUUGUGCGGCGUAUCGCGUACCUGCUGCGCAGCGGCGACUGCGCGCCAUCGGACAUCGCAGUGAUUUCGCGUUGCCUCAACUUUGGCAGCUACCGGCCGACCGGCCGCAUUGAGCAAGAGCUGCUGCGCGCCGGUAUCCCGUUUGUCGUGCGCGGCGGCGCGUCGGCGCUCAAGUCGCCGCGGAUGCAGACGAUGAUGGCGCUGGUGCGCGUCGUGGCCAACCCGGCCGACGACAUCGCCUGCGACGUGUGCCUGCGCGACCUGGUCAAGGACAUUGGCCCGAUUGCGGUCAAGAAGAUCCACGCCUUUGAUGCGCUGCGUACGCCGCCGCUGCCAGCCUUUGAGCGGCUCGUGGGUGUGUCCAAGGCACAGCUGCUGGCCAAGAACGCGCGCGCGUCGCUCGCGUCCUUCGUCGACUCCGUGCAGCGGUGGCAGGCGGAGGCUGAGGCCGGUAAGGCGACGCUGCGCGAGCUCGUGCGGUCCAUGUACGACGUGUACGUUGCCGAUGCUGAGGACGACACGGUGCCGGUUGGACAGCCGAAGCAGGGCGCGUGGCCGGCGGACAGGCUGUGGGGGAUGCUCGAUGCCAUUGUUGACUCGCUCAGGGCCACGCCUGGUGCGCUGCCACUGCCGGCGUCUGAGGACGACACGUCGUUUGCGUCGGCGGUGGAUAUUGACGGGCCGUGCUCGCUAAUGCUUGUGCGCGCGUUUUCCAGCCAGCUGUGCAUGCUGUCAUCGUCAGCCGAGGACAAGGGCCAGCAGACUGCGCCCUUGAGGCCCAGCCCGCUGCUGCCGCAUAAGGGCAGUGUGGUCAUCACCACGGUGCACCAGGCCAAGGGCCUGGAGUGGGAGCACGUGUUUGUCCCGCACUUCAACGAGAAUCUCUUUCCGAUGGGCUUCCGCGGUCCGACCCACGCUGACAUGGCGCGGUCAACCACGAGCUCGGUGGUGCGCCUGGAGCACGAGGCCCAGCAUUUCCGCGAAGAGGGCCGCCUGGCGUACGUGGCGAUCACCCGGGCGAAGCAUGGCCUGUACAUCUCGUCGCUGGGCAGGUACCCUGAGUUCUGGAUGGAGAGGUUCCUUGGCGGCCAGUGCACGCCGUCCAGGUAUCUGCCGGACAUCAUGCAGGCACCGCGGAAGGAGACGUACAGUCAGAGCAGGAAGCUCGGCAUGGAGAGCAUUGAGUCGCUGAUGUUCAGGUGAGGGCAUCCAGCAGCAGCAGCUUAAGGGAGGAGGGGCUGAUCGGGCUGAUCAGAGGGAUCAAGCCGAUCGGUCUAGCGGAGAUGGUCCGACGAGCGAGCCGAGUCGGCAUUGCUUGAGCCGAACCAACUCCGACGCUGUUCCUUUUUUUGGUCCAAUUUUUCUAUUUGAAUCGAUUGUUGUGACUCAUUCUGAUAAGUUUUUUUUGGGGGUGCGCUCGCAUGCUUGUUCACUCACAUAAUGAAGUGUGCGGCUGUCCCGCCGGUCUGCCUCCCAACCGAGGAUUAGCGUGAAAAAGGGAGUAAAGUGACCAAGCAGCAAGCUGGAUCAAAAUAAAAAUUUUUCUACAUAAAGGCGCCCAACUUUCCCACCCCCACCCUGCCCCAUCCGUCCAACUCCAACAACGAAGUUUUUUUAACCCUUUUUCUUUCUUACAUU